AUGGCAGACCGUUUGACUCAAUUACAAGACACAAUUAAUCAGCAAGCAGAGUACUUUUGCAACAGUAUUGGUGUCUUACAACAGUUUUCGACUCCAAGCAAAUUCCCUGGUUUUGAUCGCAGCGGUUCACAAACUCCACAGCAACAACAGAGUCAAGAAGACUAUGCUGUUCUAUUUGCAACAUUGAUCUCACGUUGUGCUAAAGAUAUUGACACUCUUAUUGAAUCGCUUCCAAGUGAAGAAAGUUCAACAGAACUACAGGUUCAAAGUUUGAGGCGUUUAGAGGCUGAGAAUAAAGAAGCUGCAGAACAAUUAGAAGAGGUGGUCCGCCAAGGAGAAAUAUUGUUAGAAAAAAUUCAAGGUGCUCUUAGUGAUAUUGCCCAAUGUCAACUGGAUAUGCAGAAUCCAGCACAAAUUUUAGAGAAAGACGCAAAACCUCAGUUAUAG